AAAAACAGAAAUUUGAAUUGGGAGCAGAGAAGAACACACACAUGGAACUUCUGCGCAACGCUUAUUCAAAUUCCUCAGAUGAAGAAGAAGAACCCAAACGACUAAAAUCAUCUCACACUUCUUCAUACCCACCAAAACCCUAUCUCCCUUCUCCUUCUCCUUCUCUCAUUCUUCCAGGUAGCUACGUUUCCAAACGACAACGCGCAUCAUCAUCAUCAUCAAUCUCUACUACAACUACCAUUUCUUCAUCACAAUCCUCUUCUUUCACGCUCUCCGGUAGUAUCUCAGAGGCUGAUAUACCCCAUAAGAUUGUAGCAUUGUUGAAAAGUAAAGCAAAGGGUCAUCAAAACCUGAACUCGAUACCUGACAAGCUAUCUGCAACUCUAUCUGGACAUACUAGAGCUGUCAAUGCUAUACAUUGGUCAUCAACUCAUGCUCACCUCCUUGCAUCUGCUGGGAUGGACAAUGCGGUUUUCAUAUGGAACGUAUGGAGCAAUGAUAAGAAGAAAGCAUGUGCGCUAAAUUUCCACAAUGCAGCAGUGAAAGAUGUGAAAUGGUCUCAACAAGGGCACUUCUUACUUUCUUGUGGAUAUGAUUGCACAUCAAGGUUGAUUGAUGUUGAAAAGGGGAUGGAAACUCAGGUUUUCAGAGAAGAUCAAAUUGUUGGAGUUAUAAAGUUCCAUCCAGACAAUUCAAGUCUCUUCCUUUCUGGGGGAUCAAAGGGCCAUAUCAAGCUAUGGGAUAUCAGAACUGACAAAGCUGUGCAUAACUAUAAUCGAAAUUUAGGUUCUAUUCUAGAUGUUGAGUUUACAACAAAUGGGAAGCAAUUCAUUUCUUCAAGUGAUGUAUCUGGGAGCAAUAUCAGUGAGAAUUCUAUUAUCGUUUGGGAUGUGUCAAGACAGGUACCAUUGUCUAAUCAGGUUUAUGUGGAAGCUUAUACUUGUCCUUGCAUUAGAAGCCACCCCUUUGAUCCAGUUUUUGUUGCGCAAUCAAACGGGAAUUAUGUUGCAAUCUUUAGUACCACCCCGCCAUACAGACUGAACAAAUAUAAGAGAUAUGAGAACCAUGGGGUUUCUGGGUUCCCAAUUAAGUGCAAUUUCAGCUUAGAUGGGAAGAAGCUUGCAUCUGGCUCUUCAGAUGGAUCUAUUUACCUUUAUGAUUAUCAGUCAUCCAAAGUUUUGAAGAAAAUAAAGGCCUUUAACCAAGCUUGCAUGGACAUUGCCUUCCACCCAGUUUUGCCUAAUGUUAUUGCUUCAUGCUCAUGGGAUGGAAAUAUUUUGGUAUUUGAGUAGAGUUUCUAAUUAUCAUCUCAACUCCAUGGCAGUUUAUAAUUUCUGUUCUAAUUGUUUCUUAAAGGCGUGCUUUAGUUUGUUUUACUGAAAAAGAUUUAAUGUUGAUUCACUGACAGUUGUAUAAUUGUAGUGAAUAUUAGUGUUCUUAGAUUUGAAAACAGUUUAAAGUAUAUUUAUCAUCAGUGAGAUAUCUUAGUAACUUUAAUGAUGUGACAACUUUUUUUCUAAAUAAUAUAGAAAGUUACUAACGAUGGAUG